AUGGAGAAGCAUUCGAAUGAGAAGCUACUUCGUUGCUCCCAAUGUGGAAUUCGUUUUGGUGAUCGGGAUCAGAUUCGAGAACAUGAUUGCUCAACGUCGCUUCCUCGAGCAUCUUCAGCUGGCUGUAGCAGUUCUCGCACGUCCAGUCCCGAUGCUGAUCGUGGUUCUGUGCCAGCGGAAGCAGGACCAUCCUUCACACUUGUAGAGAAAACGCGCACUCCACCUCCCCCGCCAGCCAUUUUUGGGCAAUUUUUUCCCCAGCGCCCUCCUGGAUUCAUGAAUUCGACGCCGGCAGGCUUGUUUCCCUUACCAAUGCCGCCCCAUUUUGGAAUGCACAACGCUCCACCUCCACCAUUUUUCAUGCGGUCCCCGUUUGAGGCACGUCCUGACAUUUUCGGACCACGUCCCGACGUGGGCAAUGAAGACGACUGGGAAGCAUUAAUGGAGAUUUCAACCAGUGAUGAAGCCGAGAAAAUUCGGGCCCUUGUGGGUGAUAAGGCAAUGCCAACUACGGAUCCGAACCAGUGCAUAUUAUGUCGAAGAGUACUCUCGUGUAAAAGUGCACUGCAAAUGCAUUAUCGUACCCAUACUGGAGAACGCCCGUUUAAAUGCAAGAUUUGUCAGCGCGCGUUCACCACGAAAGGAAACUUGAAGACGCACAUGGGUGUACAUCGGGCGAAGCAUUCCUUUAGAGGUGUUCCAAUAGGAAACUUGAAGACGCACAUGGGUGUACAUCGGGCGAAGCAUUCCUUUCGAGGUGUUCCAAUAGGUUUGGGAGGCCCCAUGGGCAAUCCACUGGGCGCUCCUUUGGGAAUGAAUGGAUUUCCACCGGGAUUGCAGCCAACACAGCAAUGUCCAAUCUGUCAAAAAAGGUUCAUGACUGGAGGUCAGCUGCAGAAUCAUAUCUCAGAGCACACCCAAGCACUUACUGGAAGGCAUCUUCCUCCAACCUCACCUUCCACUCCCAAGUUGAUUCCGCAAGCACGGUUUAUGACUGGAGGUCAGCUGCAGAAUCAUAUCUCAGAGCACACCCAAGCACUUACUGGAAGGCACCUUCCUCCAACCUCACCUUCCACUCCCAAAUUGAUUCCGCAAGCACGUCCUUUUGCCCCUCCAUUCCCUCCUUUGUUCCCUUUUUUCAACCCUGGAAUACCAACCGAUUCUCCCGCACCAUUUAACCUUGCCCAACUUCUUGGUAGCCAGUUAGAGCAGAAGAAGGAAGAAGAGGAAGCGAAACUUGAAAACAAAGAGGAACAAAGGCAUGACGAAAAUCUAAAAUUGUCUACGGGAACUAGUUUGGAGUUGUCUAAAGUUGAACCAUCUUCAAUCUCUCCUUCGGGAAGCAGUGAAGCGUCAGCGUCUACGGAACAGAACCAUGAUCACACCGAUGCAUCCUCAAUUAGUCGAUCCGGAGAAUCGGACGCAGACGAACGUAGGUCACAACAGCAAUCCGAGAGCUCAUCAAUUACUGCAGCAGAAAGACCUGUAGCGCCUACCACACCAAAUCGACCGGUUGAAAAUCCUUUAGAGGCAAUGCAGAAAAUGUGGGCUGAAACUGAGCCGCCACCACCGCGACAGAAAAUGUGGGCUGAAACUGAGCCGCCACCACCGCGACAGCUCCCAGUCCUGUCAAAACAUCAAUGUGCGGUCUGCUUCAAGCAUUUCAGCUCCAGUUCAGCUCUGCAGAUCCACAUGAGAACGCACACAGGUGACAAACCUUUCAAAUGUGAAAUGUGCGGUCGUGCGUUCACCACUCGUGGUAAUCUCAAAGUCCAUAUGGGAACUCACAUGUGGCAACAAAGCCCUAGUAGGCGAGGACGCCGAAUAUUUGACGCUGGUAUGGGUGGAGAAGAGGCUGGUCCGAGGCCGGUAUCUUUACCUGGUGGUGGAGCGCUACCGAUGCCACCCCCUCUUGCAUUGUUCGCUCCAGGUGCAGUGCCUAAUAUGGAAAUGAUGAUGAUGCUGUGGCGAACAGUUUGUUCUGUCUGUCAAAAGGUAUGAUU